GGCCUCGCCCUAAGCAUUCCUGAAUCAUUUUUUUACCUUCAAAAUAAAUGUUUCGCUCCAACUUCGACUUAUACUGAUAUGUAUGAUACAAACAAUUAACCGAAAAUUAGCGUUUUCUCAUUCCUCCCAUUCUCUCACUACACAUCUUGUUCGGAACCAUCGAGAAAUAACAUCUAGCAGCGGAAUGUCCUUUCAGAGCUCAGCCUGUUUCGGGGAAGCUAGAAAGCUUCUGGGAUCAUUUGUACUACAUGGCCAAGAUUUUGAGGACCUCAAAAGAACUAAUUGCUUGAACAAACCGUUCAAUGCACGUACGAAAGUUCAGGCAAUCAACAUUCUGGGUAUCGCAUUAGGAGUGCCGGUUUCUACUGCGAUUCAAGUUGGAGCAGAACCCCGUGACGAUGAAUGUCUUUUCGCAAUUGAGGAUAGCAAUAAGCUGAGGAAAAUAGUUGAUAAAAUGCGAAGCCUUUGCUUUGAGUUGAUACCUCUAGCAGUGAUUUAUAGGAAAAACGGACAGCAGCAGAUCAACCCAACAAUCCUCAUCAAAAUGACUCCGCGAUAUGGAUUUUGCACUUACCUUGAUAUGUCUGGAAGAAUUUAUGGAAGCUUCUCGCUGUUUCUGUCAAAUAAUAAAUUGCCAAUGUCGCGACUCUGCUACCCAAAAGGUGGUGAAAUAUCCUUCGAUUCGGACGGUUUAAUUAAAUUGGAUUUUUGUGAAGUUGGUGUCCAAAACGAGGCUCUCGAAACCGCGGAUGCAUUCAUGUCAACAUUAGGCAUCAUUGGCACUGUUGGAGCUAUGUUUGUCACUGGGGGUAUGGUUACACCAUUGUUGUGGGCAAGACUAGGUUCCUACGCAUACGGUGCAUGUAGAGGAAUCUCCAUCCUGAGUGACGCUAAAGAGCAUGGCUUAUCUUUGGAUCCAUUCGAGAGCGACGAAGCACGAAGACAUUGGUUGAAUUUAACUGCCAAUUUGCUUGCGUUUGCCUCAACUGGAGCCACGUUGGCGUCAAAGGUAUCCAAAGGCUCUAAAUUAAUAAUAGCGGCUGAAGCAGUGCAGUAUGCCACAGCGGGAGUCUCGAUUGUAUACACCUAUAACUAUUGGGGGACAUUAUCACUCAGAGAUAAAAUUCAACUUUCCUGCGCUGUGUGCUUUGCCUUGCGAGAAGUGAUAUCAUUGGCAUUUGCAAAGGAUUGGAUCCGAAACCGACAGUUGGAUGGUGUGUGUUCAUUUUUUAGCACCAAGACCAACGGCUCACCAGUGCAUAUAAGACGAACAUUGCAGAAAAACGAUGGAGUUUUGGAAAAAGCACUGAACAUGAUAAAGAUGAUUCAGCAACAUUUCAUUACAGUAACGACAGAUGAGGAAUUCAUGACAAUUACCUUUUGUGGAACAUUUGAGUAUAAAACAAAGUAUAUACUAGGUCUGGUAUCCGGUGAAUUAUCGAAAUUUAUGUUCAUGAUUAAGGGUAUCGGUAAGAAGUACGCGGAGUUGGAAAAUGAUUCUUUCACCAACGCAGCAAGUCGUAAAAUAACAGUGAGGUUAUUAUUUUCGCGCCACGUUUAUUUUUCUCAGAAAAAAAGUUUAUAUUUCUUUAUGACACUUGGCUGUUAUGGAUCGACAGGUCUGCGCCAGAAUCGAGAAAUAAAAAAAAAAAAAAAAAAAAAGUACGCGGAGUUAUUCGCAAUUUUGAGAAGAAUGUUUGGAGAUGCUCCACUGCUGAAAGUUGUUUCGAAGCGAGGAGAAGAAAUGGGAGGUAAUGAAAUCGCUUAUGCCGAAUCUAUCAAUCAACUUAUUGAAGUGUAUAAACUGUGUAUCUCAAUCUGUGAAGAUAAAAUUAAGCUGAUGGAUACCAAGUUGGUCAUCGGGGCUGGCCAUCAUUUUUCUUUGGGAUCCGCAUUCAAAAUAUUCAUCACAAUAGCAAAAACCAAGGCAUUAUCCCUGCUCAGAGCCCUUCUAGAUCUGAAUCCUGGCGAAAUCGAUAAGUUAAAUAAUUUUCGCAAAAAUUGGAAGGACGAAUAUAUCUUUUUCGAAUGGAUAAUUACCGACUGCCAGGCGAGUGGAGACAUGCUUGAAAGGCUUCAUUUCUUCCUUCAAAUCCGUGAUAUUUGCGAAGGCAAAAAGCUUCCCAUCACAAAGCUUGUGAUCGGUCAAGCUGCCGUCGAAAUAGAUGGACUAAUGUUUAUCGAUCAGCAGCUAUUUUCUAAAACAUCGCAUCCCGCACAUAUUGUAGACCCAGGAAUGAUUCGUAUCCUCAAAACCGUCGAAAAAGCACCCCGAGAGUACUUGAACGAUCUUUGGAAGAAAACUUGCCUUCAGGAAGAACCAUUCAUCGUUUUUCUUGGGAAGAUGGAUGCUCUCGAAGAGCUGUUUAGACGUUACCCUCGGUCGAUAUCGAACCUCGUUUCAUACACAACAAUAAUGCAAUGUUCAGAUUUUCUCCGUUUCUAUUAUUACACAGUUUUCGCUUUCAACCGACUGAACGAUGAUGAAAAGUCUUCUGAUAGUGGUACCGAAUCGCUAGUGUCUCAUUUUAACGCACUAAAAGAAAAAGCAGCAGAGCUUUCGCUUGAAGGCUAUUGUCCUGUAGAUAGUAACCAAUCAGUGGAUGAGAUGGAUGAGGAGCAGUUAAUUGAAGCUAUCAAAACUCAGGCGAAAAAGGGGGCGUUACGAUUCGGUCCUAUUGAGAACGCUGUGCUCCAUUUGGAGAAAUAUCCGACGCUACGGCUGAAGUCGGAGAUUCUGAAAUACAACCGAUUCAUUGCUAUGAAGAAGUUCUCACAUCAACGUGUUUCCAUCAUUGAUGGCAAAAAUUUGAUUCUUAUGGCUAAUGCGCAGAUGCAAAUCGUAGUUGGGGUGGUUCACGGAAAAGGUUCAUAUAUCGACAAUGUUCAAUUAAAUAUAAGCGACCGCCAGUUCGUUAUGCCCUAAUGUACCUUUCUAUGAAGAAUAUUGGUCUUAUAUUAAAACAUAUACACAUAUAUUUUAACAUGCCCUAUUGCAGUAUAUAAACCUAUUAUUGGAACCCACUUGAGAGUAUAUUAUUU